UCCAUUCCAACUCGUUUCUUUCAUCGAACCUCCUGGGUCUAGGAACAAAGGACACAAUUCUUUCUAUAAAGAAAACCACACCGACACACUUCAUUUCAGUUCAACCACAACCAUCGAGAACCUAAAAUAAAUGGAUUAAUACAAAUAAGAAAUCAAAAAAAUAACCAAUCUCAUCACCUUUAUUUGGAUUAAAAUUAAGAAAUAUGAAAUCGUCGUUUAAAAAACUCUCAUUCCUCUACGAACCCUACGUCUUAGGGGUGGUUUGCGUGGGUUAUAUCCUAGGAGAGCUCGGCCAUUAUCUCAUCGGAGUCACCUCGAAAGCCAUAGCCUUGGACCUUCACUACGGCGACAUUUCCUGUCAAUUAAACUCUUCAGCUUACAUUCAAACCGGGAUCAAAAAAGAUUGUAGAAGUGCAAACUCCUCGGAUUUGUGUCAAGAAUUUAACGUAAACGGAACCGGAUAUUGCGAAUGGACCUAUAAUGGGUUAGGAAUUGAUUAUCAAAUAUUAGCUGGCCCGAGUUUUAUCGCUGUUUUCACCGUCGUUGGAGUUAUCAUGGGGUUUGCUGCUGAUAGAUAUAACAGGGUGAAAAUGCUGGCUGUUUGCACGGUUGUUUUUGCAAUCGCAAUCAUUUUAUGUGGAUCAGUUAAAGAGUAUUGGCAAUUAGUUCUAUUGAGGAUGAUCAUGGCGGCGGGCGAAUCUGGAUGUAACCCUUUAGCAACUGGGAUCUUAUCGGACAUCUUCCCUGAAGAAAAACGAGCUCUCGUCAUGUCCCUUUUCAAUUGGGGAAUUUACGGAGGUUACGGAAUCGCCUUCCCCGUCGGAAGGUACAUCCCCCAUUUGAACAUUUGGGAUCUAGGCUGGCGCAUAACCUAUUACGGAGCCGGCGUAAUCGCACUAAUAAUGGCCGUACUAACCGGACUAACAUUAAAAGAACCCGAACGCAAAAGCAUCGGAGAAGACGCAACCGGCGACAAAAAAAAAGUCUCAAUUUGGAAGGUCAUCUUCGAACCGCGCGUUGUAAUGUUAUGCAUCGCAGCGUCAAUUCGUCAUUGUGGCGGAAUGUGUUUCGCUUACAAUUGCGAUUUAUACUACGAAACUUAUUUCCCCGAUUACGAUUUAGGAUGGUGGUUAUUCGGCGUAACCAUCGUCAUCGGUGGAGUUGGGAUCGUUAUAGGGGGCGUUGUUUCCGACAAAAUCGUCGCGAAAAUGGGAAUUAGAUCGAGAGUUGCAGUUUUAUCGAUAAGUCAAUUAAUUUCGACUCCUUUCGCGUUUGGAAGCGUUUAUUUUAACCCCACUUGGGCCAUGAUCACUUUGGGGAUAUCUUAUUUCUUCGCCGAGAUGUGGUUUGGAAUUUUAUUCGCAAUUUUGGUCGAAAUCGUUCCGUUGCAAGUCAGAUCAACAACCGUUGGGUUAUUUUUGUUCGUUAUGAAUAAUAUUGGGGGGAAUUUACCGAUUUUGGUGGAUCCAGUCGCGAAAGACGUGGGGUAUAGGGAGAGUUUGUAUAUUUUUUACGCCGGAGCUUACGGGAUAAGCUCGAUUUUGUUCUUUUUCACUUUGUUCUUUAUGGAUGGGCCAAUUAAGCAGGACACAAACGUUAAGGAAACGAAUGGGUAUGAUAAUAACGUUUUUACGACGUCUGAUGAGUCAAAUAUGAGCACCAUGUCGAUUGGGAACGGGAGGAGUCGAGAUAAUCAUCGAAAUCGAUUAGAAAAUAGUCAUAUUUAAUUGUUUCGAUUAGAAAUUGAUGUAAAUAUAUGUAUUUAUCCUUGUUUUUUUUUAAAUAAAUUAAUUUAAAAAAUUG